UGCUUAGAAAGGGUGCGGGUUUGGCGCAGUGGAAAUUAUAGGCGACUGCUAUCACCAAGUCGGCCAUCUGUGCGCUGGGCUUUUAUCUUCGUGUUUCGAAUUUUAAAAACACAGUCGACAAUUGGGAUUUUUAUCGAAUUGUAUAGAUAUUUUGUUUUAAUUAUUUAAUAGAUAGCACAAUGAGCUCUAUCAACGUGAAUAAGUUAAAGGUAAACGAGUUGAAGGACGAGUUGAAGAAGAGGCAGCUGUCGGACAAGGGGCUGAAGGCGGAUCUUAUGGACCGGCUGCAGGCCGCGCUGAAUGAAGAGGCUCUAGCCAGAGGAGCUGAGAUCGGGGAGAACGGCGGCCAAGGCGAAGGAGCUGUCGGCCUGAAUGACAUGGGCGAGGAGGACUUGGAUGAAGACCUAGUUGAGGAGAGGAUGGAGGCGGGCGGAGUAGAGGAUGAAGAUAGGUGCGAAGGGAAAGCAGAGAAAGAAUGCGCCAAUAUCGACGAUGAUAUGGGGGAAGAGGAGGAUGCGGGAGUAGAUAUGGAUAAAUCCGACGAGGAUGAAGAUGCUCUACUGAAAGAAGAAGAGGAUGAUGAUGAUGAGGAGAUGGAUAAAUUCGAUGAUGAUGAUGCUGCACUGGGGACUCUCGAGAGAGAGGGGGAUGCGGACAAAGACACGAGCGCUGAGCAGAAGAAUAAGAAGGGCGUUAAGAGACGCCGGGAGGAACAUGGAAGGGGCUACUUUGAGUUUAUUGAAGAAAGCAAGUACAGCCGAGCCAAGUCCCCCCAGCCCCCACUGGAGGAAGAGGACGAGGAGUUUGACGACAGCACUGUCUGCCUGGACACCUAUAACAGUGACCUGCACUUCAAGGUGUCCCGGGACCGUUACAGCGCGUCAUCCCUUACCAUGGAGAGCUUUGCCUACCUGUGGGCUGGAGGCAGGGCUUCCUACGGAGUAGCUCAGGGCAAGGCCUGCUUUGAGAUGAAGAUCAUUGAGAAGAUCCCAGUGAAACAUAUCUCCAGUAAAGGCAUGGAUAUCCAUGAGGUUCUGGUGGGCUGGUCACUAGCCAAUGGAACACUGUUACUGGGAGAAGAGGAACACUCGUAUGCCUUCUCUGCCAAAGGGAAGAAAACCACCAACUGUGUCACAGAAGACUUCGGAGAGUGCUUCGACGAAAACGAUGUCGUCGGAUGCCUAAUCAACUUUGAAGGCUCGGAGGUGGAGCUAUCGUUCAGUAAGAACGAUCAGGACCUAGGCGUGGCCUUCAAAGUUGACAAGGCAUCUUUGGACGGACGGCCCCUGUUCCCUCACGUCCUCUGUCACAACUGUGCUGUAGAGUUCAACUUCGGCCAGAGGGAGGCACCACUGUUCGUCCCACCGGCCGACUACAGCUUCCUACAGCAGGUCCCUGUGAGCAAGAGGGUCCGAGGCCCCAAAGGGCCCGACACCAAGGAUGACUGUGAGGUGAUCGUGAUGGUAGGCCUGCCUGGCGCUGGGAAGACGGCGUGGGUAACCAAGCACACUCAGGAGCACCCUGGGAAAUACAACAUCCUGGGAACCAACACCAUCCUGGAGAAAAUGAUGAUCGCCAGUCUGAAACGCCAAAUGAAGGAUGUCACCAAACUCACCGCCAUCUCCCAGCGUGCACCUCUUUUCCUGGGAAAAUUCAUUGAGAUUGCUGCACGCAAAAAACGCAACUACAUCCUUGACCAGACCAAUGUGUCGGCCCCGGCCCAGAGGAGGAAGAUGUGUCUGUUUGCAGGCUUCCAGAGAAAGGCCGUGGUGGUGUGUCCUACUGACGACGACUACAAGCAGAGGACACAGAAGAAAGCCGAGACGGAUGGUAAAGACGUCCCCGAGCACGCCGUACUCAAGAUGAAAGGUAUCUACACCCUGCCGGAGCCAGGGGAUUGCUUUAGUGAGGUGAGCUUUGUGGAGCUGCAGAAGGACGAGGCCUCCAAGCUGCUGGACUUGUACAAGGAGGAGAGUCGCUCCGCCCUGCCCCCAGAGAAGAAGGCCAACCAGGGGGGCACGCCACCCAAGAGAGGGGGCAACCACCGCAGCCGUGGGGGCAGAGGGCAGGGGCAGUGGGGAGGUGGUCAGGGGCAGAGGGGGGGCAGAGGAGGCUUCCAGAUCAGAGGCAACUUCAGGGGAGGUGAGCAAUGACCUCGUGGUGGAUUCAGUCGUCCCCCCAGAGGUUUCCUCCCUCCUCCGGCCUUCCGAGGGGGCUUCUCCAACCGGGGCAACUUCAACAGGGGGAGCGGGGGCAUGCCCAGCAGAGGGGGUGCACCCAGGGGGGGUCCUGGAAGGGGCAACAUGAGGAACAUGGGGGGUAAUAGGGGAGGCAAUAUGCACCGAGGCAGCAUGACCCGCGGAGGAGGUGGAGGUGGAAGAGGACGUGGGGACAACAGGGGCAACUUCACACAGAAGUUCAGAGGCAGAGGAGGCAACAAUCGCAGCUUCAACAAGAACAGCAACUUUGGCAUGAACAAGGCCCAGGCCUUCAACCAGAGCUGGCAGCAGGGGUUCUGGAACCAGAAGCCAUGGAGCCAACAGUACCACCCAGGAUACUACUGAGCAUGUGCGGUAGAGAGACUGACUGACAGCACACAGACACACCCCCUCACUACAAACCCCGUCCCCCCCGGCGCAUACGCGCCAACUCCCGUUGCGCUCCAUUUUACCUUCUCCCCUCCUCCUUUUUCCUCUCCUCUUCCUUCGUUUUAGGAAGAAAGAGCAUUCCACUGCUGAGAUGGACUGCCGGUUCUGAGACAAAGACAACAAACGCUUUCUGGGCUCCUUUACUUUCUGCGUUUUGAUUUUGUAUAUUUGUAUUGCUUUUACGUUUCAGAGCCGGAGCUCUCAAGCGUUCGCCUUCAGAAACCUUGGCUUUCAUCCAGCAUGUGAUGUCUCUUAAAAAACUUUUCAGGGUUCUGUGUUUUUAUCUGUAAAGAUGUACUUUUUACUACAACGAUCAUGAUGAUGAUGAUAGAUAUUUCUUUCCGAUUUUUUGCUUUACAUUAUGUUGUUUUAUGUUUUUAAGAAUCAGGAGAGGCUAGCACUCACUUUAGACACAUAGCAUUUGUGAGGUGUCGUAAUUCUAGUCCUGCUGCAAAUACGUUUGUUUCUAGUAAGUAAAGUGAAGUUUAAGCUGUAAUAAAAAAUUAUAUGCUUAAAAAUAUAUAUAUCAGUGUAAUUUAACUAACAGACAGUCCACAUAAACACAGGAAUUGCUCUCGAUGGUGCAUCUUACUUGGUAUGCGAAUCCAUAUUUUUCAAUAUCAAAGGUGUUAGAAAAGCCUUUGAUAUGAGAAGCACCGUCUCAGAUAGAGUAGCUGUCUUGUUAAAAUUAAUAAAAUGUCUUGCUAUA